AUGAAAUUCCAAAGUACUGUGAUGCCCUAUAAUAGAAGGCAUCAUUCUGAAGGGGUGAUGCAAACCCAUCUUUCUUCAGUGAAUGCUGCUCAGUUAGUAGGCUUAUAUUCUUUAAAUAAAAAUCUGCCACAUUCUGCUGUUCUGCCUGACUAUGCACAACCAAAACCACCCAAUUCCCUCAGACAGUCACCUUUGUUCCGGCCGAGGACAUUAAACGUGAGCCCUGUCUUAAAUGAUCUUGCUUCUCCCAGUUCCGUUGGCCAACCUCGAAAAAGCACCAUGUUAUGUACCAGUUUACACCCAUCAUUUUUUACACCACCUGAUACCGAUCUUCAGUAUCACACCUCACCUUUCCUUGCAAAUCCGCUAACUGGUGAUCAUAACACUCCUUCUGUAGACUCUCCAGACUCUUUAUUUCUUAUGGCUCAGGAUGCAAUCACUGAGUCUGAAAACGAAAAUUUGAUGCCUGUCCUUGAUGUCCCGGAUGAAUGCUCUGGUGGGACGACCUUUGAAGGUUUGCACGGCACCAAGGAGAGUUUGACAUCCGCAGAGAAGCUUGUACUUCAAUAUUUGUCCAAGGAGCUUGAAAUUCCUACUGAUGAAGGCUCUCAAAUUCCCACACUUGACGAAGCUCGGCAGGUUUCAUCAAAUCCUGUCAUUGAUUUGGAUUGCAAUGAAAACUAUCGUUCUUCACCUGCACAAACGGAUACCAAGCUUAAUCGACUUCAUGAAGCUGCAACUUCGCAAAAGCAAAGAAUAAGAUGGACGACUGAACUUCAUGAUCGUUUUGUCGAUGCAGUUAAAGCCCUUGGAGGCCCUGACGACAAAAGCAUUUCCACCGGGGUAGAGAGUGCAGCUUCUUCGUUGAACAAUGAGAGUGAUGUACAUGUCAAUGAGCCCAACAGAGACGUGCAAGUAACACAGGCUUUGCGCACACAAAUUGAAAUUCAAAAGCUGCUGUACGAGCAGCUUAAGUCACAAAAAGAACUUCAGAUACGCAUUGAGCAGAAUGAAGAGUUCUUGAGGAAGUUACUGGAAGAACAGAAAACGAUUCAGACCCACGAGCCAUCAUCAUCUGCGAUCCCUGUCCCAGAAUCCGAACUGCUGCCUCAUUCUCCAUCUGCUGAUGUUUCCUCACCAAGGCCAGCUGCAGUGAGAAGUGACUGCUAUUUAUCCCAACCAUCAAAUCACAAAGCCUCUGACACCACAGAUUCUGAGAAGGCAAAAUGUCCUAAACGGGGUCGAGGACAAAAGGAGAUUCUGAUCACACUCUAA